UUUUCCCAGUUGUGUUUUUAUGUUUUGGAUGAAAAUGGUGGAUUGAGAGGAGAAUUGGGUAGUUUGGAUUUUAAAAAGAUUGUUAUUACAACGGAUCCGAAUAGGGAAAAUAGGGGUGGUGGUGUUGGUUGUGUUGGUGCUCUGGAUUGCUUAUUGAAUAUAGUCCGGGCACUCCGGACGGGUGGGGGGUCCUGCUUAACAUAUGAAAGCAGGACCCCGGUACCGGGUUCUCCUACAUCACCUGCUGUUGGUAUUAAUAAGAAGAAGAAGAGAAGGAAUGUUUCUAGGAACUCUUCCUUUAAUAAAUCUAAGGAAGAAUUGUUGCGUAGGACGCCUGGUCGAUUCUUCUUGAAUGGCUCGAGCGAGGUGGCUUCGCUCUUUACUCAGCAGGGCAAGAAAGGAACUAAUCAAGAUGCCAUGCUUGUUUGGGAGAACUUCGGUUCCAGAACAGAUACAGUAUUCUGUGGUGUUUUUGAUGGCCACGGUCCUCAUGGCCAUAUGGUUGCCAAGCGAGUCAGAGAUUCCCUUCCCUCAAAGUUAAGUGCUCAUUGGGAAGUUAAUCCGAAAAGCGAGGAAGUUCUAAAGGAGAUCACUCUAAAUGCUGAGGGUGCUUCCCUUUUAUCUGCUGCUGAUGAGUCUAGGGUCUCAAUUGAUGUUGAAGAGACUGAAAAGCACCCAGAUGUCCUUCAGAUUUUGAAGGAAUCAUUUCUGAAGGCUUAUAAGGUUAUGGAUAGGGAACUGAGAAGCUACACUAAUAUUGACUGCUACUGUAGUGGGACAACAGCUGUAACCCUUGUUAAACAGGGUCAGGAUCUUGUUAUAGGAAAUGUAGGUGACUCCCGAGCAGUUCUGGGUACCAGAGAUAAAGAUGGUUCUCUAACUGCCGUACAAUUGACAGUGGAUCUGAAGCCUAAUCUACCAGCGGAGGCUGAGAGAAUUCGUAAAUGUAGAGGGCGUGUUUUUUCUCUUCGGGAUGAACCGGAGGUUGCAAGAGUGUGGUUGCCAAAUAGUGACUCUCCUGGACUUGCCAUGGCACGUGCUUUUGGAGAUUUUUGCCUCAAGGAUUUUGGUCUCAUCUCUGUGCCUGAAGUAUCAUAUAGGCGUUUAACGGGAAAAGAUGAGUUCAUUGUUCUGGCAACUGAUGGGAUAUGGGAUGUACUUUCAAACGAUGAAGUUGUAAAGAUUAUUUCGUCUGCUUCAUCCCGCUCGUCUGCAGCUCGAUCGCUAGUUGAAUCAGCUGUUCGAGCCUGGAGGACAAAAUACCCCACUUCUAAAGUUGAUGAUUGUGCAGUUGUUUGCCUUUUUCUGGAUUCAAACUCAAACAACAACUUGUCCACUGCUUCUAAUACAAAAGACAAUGUCGAGACCGUCUCAAUGGAAGCAAAUGAAGUAGGUGCCAAAACAGAUGAUGCCUCUGGUCCAACUGCAUUGCCUCCGUCUGGAACUGUUCGAGAAGGUGAUGAAGUUUCAGGAGAAGGUGAUGACGUUUCAGAAGAAGGGAUAGAGGAAGCCUCGGAACAUGAGGAGCUGCUGUCAGAGGUGGGGACGGAGUGGUCUGCACUUGAAGGAGUUUCCCGGCUGAACACUUUAUUGACAUUGCCAAGGUUUGUGCCUGACAAGGACGAGAAGUAAACUGCUGGGAAUCGAACACUGGGUCAGAUUUCAAAGUAUGGAUUCAUUUCUUUGCUAUUUUUCAAUUUUAUCUAGUUCCAUCCAUUUUAAGGUCUCACAUAUCUAUUGGGAGAAAAAAAGAAAAAAGGAAAAAAUAGGGGCAUUUGAUAUUUGUUGUAGACUGGAGAGAUGCGCCCAGCUAUAUUAGAGUGUCUGGGAAUGAUCCAUUCUCUCCCUAGUGUUGGUAAAAGUGGAAUUUUGUAAAAACCCGCUCUCCUGUCUUCGUCAUUCUUGAUUUGCUAGCUUUCUUUUGCAUCGCAUAUAUACCAAGAUUGUGUACCUUAUCAAAGAGAUAUCAAGAUUGUGCGUUUUCCCCUCAUUGUUAUGUUGAUAAUAAUGUGUGGUAAUGCAGUCCUUUUUGGUUCAA